UUAUUGACAUUCCAUAAUAAAGAAUUCGAUUUUAAAUUAUAAUUUUGACACUAAGGAGGUAGGGAUCCGUCGACCGGAGAAUUAUUUCACAGCUUGCCAUGACGGGUGAAGAGGAAAGAGCUAAGAUUCUAACGGUUUUCUUAUGGGUGUUAUGAAAUCAAAACAACAAGAAACUGACACGAAACUGACCAAGAAGAAAACAGAACGCAACAUGGUCAAACGGAUAAGUUUAAAAAGUUUGAGGCAAGAAUACGAGUUGAAACCUUCCAGGAGUUUUAUCGUUCGCUUUGCAGGGAAAGCAGAGAGGAAAAACCCAAGCGGCGAGAACAUCGACGAAUGUCUGAAGAAAUUGUACAAGAAAGUUCAAGAUAAUAUAAAUGGAUUACCACGAGUUUGUUUGGAGAUUAACUCUGCAGAUGUUAAGAUUCGAUGGAUUCAGAGUGAAACCGAACAUCAAGAGGAAAUAGUAGUGCCCUUUACUCGAGUAUCUUUUGUUGUGGCAGAUAAAAAACAUCAACUGUUCGCUUUCAAUGACUUUGUUUCCCAGAAACCGAAAAAAGUUGAGUGUUAUGCUUUCAUUUGCACUGAGUCGGAGAAGUCUGAUGUGGUAGCGAACGCUUUCUCAGAAGCGUUCAAAGAAGUCCAGGAGAGACCAAGGAGAGGCUCAGGUCUCGACGCGAAAGUAGAAGCUUAGGAAAAAGUACUUGAGGACUUACAGUUGAUAUCAUUAGAGAUUAGGACUAAGACUAAUUAAUAAGAAGCGUUGUAAGAGAGUAUGUUUUGGUUUGCUUGUGAAGUGUGAAUUUACACAAGGAAACAAAACAAUUCCGUGUUACAAUCUGAUAAUUAAUUGUAUUUUAAGCCAUGAUCACUCGGUUGAUCUUAAAGAGAAGUAGGUAAAGGCAUAAACGUUUUUGCAGUGACAAUAUGAUAGAAUAGAAAAACCUUCCUUGCCUGCGCUUUGUUGGGUUUUCAGCUAGAAGGUUACGAUUGCAUAAACAGCUCUUAAAAAAACAAGAAAUUGUGAUCUAUUCGACAAGUUUAUACGAAAGACGAGACUGACUCAAGACUAUCAAUUACGUACGAGACAUUGUGUGUCUUUCAAGAAAAGUUAAACUUCCUUACACGCGACGGGCAGACUACGGUUCUUUAGGAAAAAAUCUUAUCGUUAACUGAGCGUCCUCGGAGAUACAAAAUCGCUUUAAACUAACAAUGAAUAUAUUAUGAAGGCACGAAAUGCUAUGCGUAAGUAAUUUGCACAAGACUUGAUGAUUGACAAAGAUCUUUCACAUAUUCACCUUCUACGGGCAUCAGGUUGUUUUGAUAGAUCAAGUGUAAUGAGGGAUUUGCAAAGAUGUUUAACUGAUACCGAUAAGACUCUUAAAAGAUUUCUCUCAGCCAUGCAUGUCCGAGAAACUCAAGACGAAGACGGUCUUGAGGAAGUGUAAGUUAGCGACUUCUUUGUUAUCUGGAGCUGAAACACGGGUUCUUUUGGUCUUUUUUCUCAUAUCAUUAAACAUUCAUUUCUGUCUUUACCAUUUCUUUUAUUCAUAUACAGUACCUACAAUAAUAAUAAACAUGAAAAAAUUA